GUUCUUAAACCAUGCAGCCAUUAAAAGUGAAGGUGACGUUAAACCAGAUGGCUGUACAGCUAAACCCUGGAAACUUUGUUCAGUCCAAGAAGUAGAAGAUUUAAAAUCCUUAAUCAGAAUCUUACCACUAUGGUCAAGUAGCUUUUUUCUUGGCACAACAAUUGGUGUACAAUCAAGUAUGUCAAUCCUUCAAGCCUUAGCAAUGGACCGUCACGUUGGACCUCAUUUCCAAAUCCCAGCUGGUUCCAUACUCGUUUUUUCCAUGAUCUCUACUGCUCUAUUCCUCACCCUGUUCGACAAAUUUCUUUUUCCCUUGUGGAAGAAGUUGACUGCCAAAUCUCUAACUCCUCUCCAGAGAAUUGGCGUCGGGCAUGUGCUCAGUGCUCUGGUCAUGGGUGUCUCGGCCUUAGUCGAGUCGAAGAGGCUAAAGGUAGCAAAAUCGAACAACCUUGAUCAAGGUUCUAAUAUUGUACCUAUGUCAGUGUUAUGGCUUGUGCCUCAAUUAGCACUUGUUGGCAUUUCAGAGGCAUUUCAUUUUCCUGGACAAGUUGCAUUUUACUAUCAAGAAUUUCUAACAACCUUAAAAAACAUGGCAACGGCGAUGAUUUCGGUGAUUGUUGGGGUCGCAUUUUACUUGACUACUGCUCUAAUUGGUGUUGUUAGAAGGACGACAAAUUGGUUACCAGGUAACAUAAAUAAGGGAAGGCUGGACAAUGUGUAUUGGGUAUUGGUUGUAGGCGGGGUAUUGAACUUUGGUUACUAUGUGACAUGUGCUUGGCUUUACAAAUAUCAAAACCUGGAGGGCGCGGAGCAUAGUGAUUCUCCUUCUGAUGAGUGA